AUGGAGGCCUCCUUGUGCCGCCGUCAUCUCGUUGAAUGGCAAGACGACGGCGGCCUUUCUGUGUCGCUGCGGUCUCGCCCGUCCACCCGCCUCCAUCCCUCUGAACACCAAAACCACGACAGGCUCAUCGCGCCGCUGCCGUCUGCCUCGGUCGCCCGCAGCCGCCUGCUCACCCCUCCCGUCGUCGUCCCUUCUCCAAGACAGGACUCCGCGCCCGCGGCGUCCUCGUCCACCCCUCCCUCCUCUGUGCCCGACAAGCAGCAACCACAGCCAUCCGCACUCCCCGCGCAGCCGUCCGCCAACUUUGUACAGCACCUGCACACCCCGGAGAUGAUCUUUGCAUUAGUCAAAGAUCUCGGCAACGCGUUCCUUCAUUCGUACAUGGGAAGGAACGCGAACGGAUGA